UCGUAGUUUACGUGAUGUCUGUGAACGCACCGCCGGCGGCAGAUUUGAUUGGCCGGUGCCUCGCGCAGAGAAACAUGGGAGACGAGCUGGGAGACGAGUGGUGGACGCACGAGGCUAACUCAGAUCCGUCUGAGGCCGAGGAGGAGACGCAGGAGAAGCAGCCGACAGAGAAACCGAACGCAAAGACGAAACCGGCGAAGAGGAAGAAAGAAACGGAGAAAGCAGUGAAGGCGAAGAAGAAGAAAACGAGUCAACAGACGGAGUGUGUGACUCCUCAGAAGAAAGAGGCUGAAGAUGAAAAGUCGGCUAAACCCAAAAAGAAGAGGAAGAAGAAGAAGACCAUCACAGACGUCCUGUCCUCGUCGGAGCCCAAGCCCGGCUGUCCGGCGGACCUGCAGAACCUGCUCGCUCAGUACUUCUCAGACAAGCGCUCUGUGAUCGAGCAGGAGGAGCUCCGGCUGCCGGAGUCCUGCUUCCUGUCCAGUAACGACCUGACGCACACGCUCUCCUCGUACCUCAAACAGGUUUGUCCAAAGUGGGCCAGGAUCCAGAAGCAGCACGCGGAGAAGAGUUCUGUGGUUCUGCUCAUCGUCUGCAGCUCGGCUCUGCGGACCAUCGAGCUCAUCAAGCAGCUGACGACCUUCAAGGGCGGAGCCAAAGCUGUCAAACUGUUUGCCAAACACAUCAAGAUCGAGGAGCAGGUGAAGCAGCUGGAGAAAGGCGUCACCCACAUCGGAGUCGGGACCCCGGGCAGGAUCAACGCUCUUAUUGAGAAAGAGGGUUUGAACCUGCGGGCGUUGAAGUACCUGGUUCUGGACUGGAACUGGAGGGACCAGAAGCUCCGAAGGAUGGUGGACGUUCCUGAGGUCAAACUGGACUUCAUGAAGCUGCUGGAGAGCGGCGUCCUGACCGGCUGCAAACAGCACCAAGUCAAAGUUGGACUGUUCUAAGUGACGAGACGCCUCGGCGUUUAAAGCGACCUCGUCCUGUUGCUCCUCUCUCUGUGCUUUUACUGUUUCCAGAGGCCGUGCUGAACGUGUGCUGCUGUCUGCUCGUGUGAUGGAUUUGAAUAAACCGACUCCCAACCAAA